CAAAUUUGGGCUUUUGAAACUUUUCCAAGUUUGGCUAGUGCAGGAUUGUGCAAUAAAAUUGAAGGAAAAGAAGAACAAAUACCACGGACUUUGAGAUGGUCUUUUCACAAAAAACCGUCAAUAGAAAAGUUCUGUGAGCUCAUCUUCAACAAUACUGAGUUUGAGUGGACAAGAAUGGAUCCAAGUCAAGAUGAGAUUAAAUGCAUUGAAGGGCUUCAGGGAAUAGAAGGCAAUGAAGCAUUCCAGGACUUAAGAAUUGAUGCAGACAGAGCACUACAUAAGAAGAAGAAAAAGGAUGCACAAAAACAAAAAGGAAAGGAGAAAGAAACUGAAACAGUGCUAGAUGGCAGAGGCAGCCGAAAAAGUGCAAGGAGUAACAAGAAUGAAAGCAAAAACGAGAAAGGAGAGUGUAGCAGGUCCAAAGACACUGAACAGAUGGCCAGGAUACUGGGAGAGCUAAAAGAAAUUAAAAAAAAAGCAAAACAAACAGGAUGCAGAGUUUAAGAAGCAAGGUUCAGUUUUAAAGAAGAUUUUAUCUCUGAUAAAGAAAAUGCCAAAGAAAAAACAAAAGAAGAAAUCAUGUUCCAUUGUGGUGAGUGACGAGAAUAGUGUUACCAUUGAAAAGGCAGGAGUAGACCUUGAACAGAAUGGCCAGGUUGUUAGAAUUAAAU